AUGAAUGACACAAUUGAUGAUUGGUUUGAGAUAUCUGAUCCAUCUCAAGCUUCCAAUGUAAGAGUUGCCUUCAGGACAUUCCAGACAACUUCUCGUAAACUUGUUCUACCUAGUCACGAUAAAUCUUCAUUGGUUUCAGAAGCCUUGAACACAUCCAGCGUAUUGAAGUUCCAAAUGAGCGAGUAUGACACUUCUGAUCCAAUUAUACACUCUCUCCAGAGCCAGCUGGCUACACUCACCAGCCGGCUUGAGGCUCUCUCGACUAGCUCUGAAUCCAGUCGAUCGAACCCCUACUUGGUUCCAAAAGAACCAGCUUACGAAAUUACACCUGACGACUCCAUUCUCGUCCACUACCCAGCAAUGGACGGGAAAGAUUUUUUCAAACAUAAAUCUGGAAACCGUGCAGACGAUCUUGCAUAUGCAACAGAAAUGGCUAAAGAGAUGCAGUCUUUUGCCAAAAACACAACCCAAACCUAUUCUGCACCCAAAUCGGCACUCAUUGACUGGCCCGACUCUUCCUCUCACCACAGUUCCAUGGACAAAACAAUCUCACGCUAUCAAUCACGAUUGGCAAACCUUACAAGACCACUUGAUCAAUUUGCCACGGAAAUGUUUUCCUACGAAGUUGACCCUGCGGUCGCACAAGCGUGUUUACAGCUCGCACAGACAAUGCGUGAACAUAUUGCACGCCUUGCACAGCAAAUGUCAAGCGACAGGGAGGACCUUGUUUACCAAGCGCACAAAAUUUCAGUCACCAAGGACACAGUUGAUCCACCAAUUGUCUCUACUUCAGACUUCAUUGAAGCCAGCAAAUUGGCAAAGAGUGUUCGUCAGGCUACUAACCCGACAAGACAACGGGCGUACAACAGGAGGACUCAAAACCGGAGUUUCUUUAGCGCAAAUACUUACAGACCCACUUCUAAUUCUAGCCAAUCUCAUCCAUCGGGUCAAACUCAGACCGCCCACUAUCAAAAUGACAAUGGUUCUUUUUUUGGGCGAGGCCAAAAUCCAAGGAGAGGGGGACGAGGCCGAGGCCGAGGCUACCAAACCCCUCAAUCCAACCAGACAAGUCAGGCACAGACUGCAGGCCAGCAGUAG